AUGUCGGACCAACCAGCAUCCAGCGCAGCCGAACAGAAGUCCGCCCCUCAAGACGUUCCUCAGCCCGGUCGAACGCAUGAUGAAGUACCUACCUCUACACCAGUCGAGAUGACCGAUCUCGAAGACAAGAAAUCAGCACCUGCAGACAGGCCGACGUCUGCCUCGUCAUCACACCGCGCUGGUCCCACGCGCACCGAUACUGCUACUGCUAUUGAUCAAGCUACACACCCGCCUCCGCCUCCUCCAGCAACAAUACCCGAGACCGCUCCGGCACAGAUGUCUCGCACUUUUUCGACUGCUAUAGGCCCAUCAUCGGACUCACCAGUGGUGCCCGCUAAAGAUACUGAAGAGACCGGUCCGAAUCUGUUGAUCACACUAUUGCUUACAUCGGGAGCGAGACAUCCGUUCAGGCUGAAUGCUAAGUACCUAGCGAAACGCAAUGUCGAGGUUCCGGGGGGUGACCCUUUCAAUCUGAGUGUUUACGGCUUGAAGGAAUUAAUUCUCAGAGAAUGGCGCGAGGAGUGGGAAGCGAAGCCAGCCAGCCCUAGCAGCAUUCGGCUAAUCAGCUUUGGAAAAUUGUUGGACGAUAAGGCGCCCUUGAAAGACUCGAGACUCAAUGCAGAUUCGCCAAAUGUGCUGCACAUGACGAUCAAGCCGCAGGAUUUUGUGGAAGAUGAAGACGCAAAGGGAGGUAAGAGCUCCAUGUCUGCUGCGCGAGACGAGCAAGGCCGCAGCCCAGGUUGUCGGUGCAACGUUAUGUGA